AUGACAGGAGGUAUGGUGAGCACCGCCAAGGACUAUUCCCGUUUUCUCCUGAUGCUGCUCCAGAAGGGCGAGCUUGAUGGCACGAGGGUUCUGCGGUCUGAAACCGUCGACUUGCUGAGAUCCAAUUUGCUUCCAAGAGCCACAGGACGAGAAGAUGUUUGGACGUUUGAUUCUCCUGGCGUUGGCCUUGGUCUACUUGGAUCUGUUUCUGUGGAUCACCCAGACCUUGAUGAGGCCCUGCGACCAGGUGAAUAUGGUUGGGGCGGAAUGGCUGGUACAGCUUGGACGAAUGAUCCGCAUGAGGAUUUCAUGCUCCUGAGCUUUUCUCUAGUGGCUUUCGACCUCUCGACGGAAGAGGUUCUGAGGGCUGGUGUGCGAAAAUCAAUUGCAGACUUCAGGAAAUGCCAGGAAUCAAAAGGCGUAGGAUUUGCCACGCUUGGCAGGCUGCACCACUUCCCCAAGGGACUGCAAACGUGCUGGGCUGCUGAUGAGGUGAUUCCAUGUACAGUACAAGCCUGA